UGAAUGGAAGCUUCCAGUCCCAACACUUCCCUCUUCAAAUCAAAACCUAACCUAACCCCCACACACUCUCUAGAAGAAAGUGCAACACAGCACUCAGCACUCCUUCUCCAAACCCCCUCCUAAACCCUAAUCCGAUUUCCUCAGCCUUGAUAGAAGGAUAAAUGGCGUCAACUUUCACUGCCAUGUCUUCGGUUGGCUAUUUGGGUGUUCCAGACGUGUUGAAUAAGAAACUUGCAUCUUCAUAUAAGUUGUCAUCGCUUCCUUCAAUUUCUACUACCCCUUUUGGUAGGAGACAAAAUGUAGUUCUAAGGAAGUCACGGGUGCCGAAGGUUUAUGCUGCUAAGGAGUUGCAUUUCAACAAGGAUGGCUCAGCAAUCAGGAAAUUGCAAACUGGUGUAAACAAGCUUGCAGAUUUAGUUGGGGUUACGCUUGGACCAAAGGGCAGAAAUGUUGUUCUAGAAAGCAAGUAUGGCUCUCCAAAGAUUGUUAAUGAUGGUGUCACGGUUGCCAAGGAGGUUGAGUUGGAGGAUCCGGUUGAGAAUAUUGGGGCUAAGCUGGUCAGACAGGCAGCUGCAAAAACAAAUGACUUGGCUGGUGAUGGAACAACUACUUCUGUUGUUCUUGCGCAAGGGCUUAUUGCUGAAGGUGUUAAGGUGGUGGCAGCUGGUGCUAACCCAGUUCUAAUAACAAGAGGCAUUGAGAAGACCGCAAAGGCUCUAGUGUCCGAGCUUAAAUCGAUGUCAAAAGAUGUUGAAGACAGUGAACUUGCAGAUGUUGCUGCUGUAAGUGCUGGUAACAACUAUGAAGUAGGUAAUAUGAUUGCUGAAGCAAUGAGUAAAGUGGGUAGGAAGGGUGUGGUAACCCUUGAGGAGGGAAAAAGUGCUGAGAACAGCCUCUAUGUUGUCGAAGGAAUGCAAUUCGAUCGCGGUUACAUCUCUCCUUACUUUGUAACUGAUGGUGAGAAAAUGGCAGUGGAAUAUGAGAAUUGCAAGUUGCUACUUGUUGAUAAGAAAAUAACAAAUGCAAGGGAUCUUAUCAACAUCCUGGAAGAUGCUAUUAGAGGUGGAUACCCAAUUCUGAUUAUUGCUGAAGACAUUGAGCAGGAAGCUUUGGCAACUCUUGUUGUGAACAAACUUAGAGGAGCUCUGAAGAUUGCCGCUCUUAAAGCUCCUGGAUUUGGAGAGCGUAAGAGCCAGUACCUUGAUGACAUUGCUAUUCUGACAGGAGGUACGGUAAUCAGAGAUGAGGUUGGGCUUUCCCUGGACAAAGCUGGCAAAGAGGUCCUUGGUCAUGCUUCUAAGGUGGUUCUUACCAAAGACACUACCACCAUUGUGGGUGAUGGAAGCACCCAGGAAGCAGUAAACAAGAGAGUUUCACAGAUUAGAAAUCUUAUUGAAGCUGCAGAACAAGAUUACGAGAAAGAGAAAUUAAAUGAAAGGAUUGCUAAACUGUCUGGUGGAGUUGCAGUAAUCCAGGUUGGAGCACAGACAGAAACAGAGCUUAAAGAAAAGAAACUGAGAGUUGAAGAUGCACUUAAUGCAACUAAGGCAGCUGUUGAGGAGGGUAUUGUUGUUGGUGGUGGAUGUACCUUGCUGAGACUUGCAUCAAAGGUAGACGCCAUUAAGGAUACCCUUAAAAAUGAUGAAGAAAAGGUUGGGGCAGAUAUUGUUAGAAGAGCCUUGAGCUACCCUCUGAAGUUGAUUGCUAAGAAUGCUGGUGUUAAUGGGAGUGUUGUCAGUGAGAAGGUGCUAUCCAGUGAUGACCCUAGAUUUGGAUACAAUGCUGCAACUGGGAAAUAUGAAGAUCUCAUGGCUGCAGGGAUUAUUGACCCAACCAAGGUGGUCAGAUGCUGUCUGGAACAUGCUUCCUCGGUAGCAAAAACAUUCUUGAUGUCUGACUGUGUGGUGGUGGAGAUCAAGGAACCUGAACCAGUCCCUGCUGGCAACCCCAUGGACAAUUCAGGAUACGGCUACUGAGCUUAAUACUUUUGCCGGGGAAGGAAAUAAGACUAUCCAGUGUUUUUCUUUAUAAAAUGAGUGUUCAGACUUUUUGACCCAAUUAAUUUCACAGGAAUAUGUCAAAGAAUAUUUGGUGCUUAAUUGUAGUAGAGAUGAAAAUGAGCUUCCUUGUAAAUUAUUUAUCAUCUUUCUGGAUGAAUAAGCUUAUUUGACAAGGGUAUCUGUAAUUCAAUGUAAAAUUGCAGCAGUUUUGAACUAUU